AUGGAAUCCUCGGAAGGAGCAGCGCCACCCUACUCUCCUUUCUUCCCUCAUCUCGCGCCUUCAAGCUGGUCUCAGUGCCAACAGCAAGACCAGUCUGCUUCGCUCCCUCAUCCGUGGGUGAUGUCAGGUGUCGUCGACUGGAAUCUGCCGCUUCUACCGAGCACGAUGGGACUGCAGCAGCAGCAGCAGCUGCUGCAGCCAGCGCCGGCGGCGAGCGAGGACAAGGAGAAGGGGAGGGGCGCCGCCGGGAGGAACAAGAAGGUCAUCAGGCCGAGGUUUGCUUUCCAAACGAGGAGUCCCAACGACAUACUCGACGACGGCUAUCGUUGGCGGAAGUACGGCCAGAAAGCGGUCAAGAACAGCGUCCAUCCCAGAAGCUACUACCGGUGCACUCACCACACAUGCAACGUGAAGAAGCAAGUCCAACGUCUGUCCAAGGAUACGAGCAUCGUUGUGACCACAUACGAAGGGAUCCACAACCAUCCAUGCGAGAAGCUAAUGGAGGCUCUGAGCCCCCUCCUUAAGCAGAUUCAGUUCCUCACUGGAUUCUGA